ACACCCUCGGUCGGGUCCCCGUUGCCAGACGCUCCAUCCAUCAUUACACUAACACUGCAGAGUACAGGCCGCAAGCAAGCAAGCAAUACAACCGUUAUUUAUCUCGCACAGCCACACCUAACACUUUUUUUCAAGGCAUUGUGAGAUCUCUCCGUAUAAUAAACAUACAUAGAAAAUGGGGAAACAUAAGCCACCUAAACCUCCGAGCGGUCGAACAAACUUGGCUUCAUGCAUAGUGGCAACCGUUUUCUUGAUUUUCGUUGUCAUAGUCGUCCUCAUUGUUUACUUCACCGUUUUCAAACCCAAGGACGUUAACCUCACGGUCAACGCCAUCCAGCUGCCCACCUUCUCCGUGGCUAACGGCACUGUUAACUUCACCUUCUCGCAAUACGUCACCGUUCUCAACCCCAACAGGGCCGUCUUUACCCACUACGACAGCUCCCUCCAGCUCCUCUACGCCGGAAGUCAAGUGGGCUUCAUGUUCAUCCCCGCCGGAAAGAUCGCCGCGGGCAAGAGCCAGUACAUGGCCGCGACCUUUUCCGUUCAGUCCUUCCCGUUGUCCGUUAACCAGCCGCUCAAUGUGGGGCCUACUGUUACUGAUGGGCUUAGUGGGUUUCGAGUCGGGCCCACGAUGGAGAUCGAGUCCAGGUUAGAGAUGGCGGGCCGGGUUCGGGUGUUGCAUUUCUUUAGCCAUCACGUGGACGCUAGCGCUGAAUGCAGGGUGGCCAUUUCCGUAAGUGAUGGAUCUGUAUUAGGAUUCCACUGUUAGUUAAUAGUUAGUAAUCUAAGAAGUGGUCUGGGUGAUUAAACUUUUUCUGAAAGAAGUGUAGAAUGUGGAUUUUUACUUAUGGGCAAUUGAUGACCAAUUUGAGCUUUGUUCCUUUUUCUUUU